ACACACAGAUUUAGUGUGUGUGGUGCGCGCGUGUGUGUAUAACGUCGGUGCCUUUGUCUCCGUCUCCGUCGCUCGUUUAUAUAAAUAGAGGCGUCCCGACGUCCGUCGUCGUCGUCGUCGUCGUUGUCGUUGUCGUCGUCGAUCGCUUGCCGCUUGGCUAUCUGGCGCGCGCGAACGUCUUCCGUAACGCUCGGCGGCGGCCCGGUCGUUUUAUUAUUAACGCGCGGCGUUCUACUCGCGUAUAAUAUUAUCCGCGUUACCGUCACGUCGGCAUCACAACAAUAUCAUAAUAUAAUAUACAGGCGGGCGACGCGUCGUUACCCCUACGUGAUCGUCGUUUUAGUGCGUAUAAUAAUUAAUACCUACGCGUAUAAUAUAUAUAUAAUUAUAGUGUCGCGUCGCCGCACUGUGUAUACGUUAUACGAAAAAAUACCGUUACGAACGUUCGCGCGAAACGCUCCGACCGUUUGCUGCUAAUACCGUCGUCCGCGACCGUCCCGAAUCGCGAUAGUGGCCCGUCGCCGGCCGACGGUGUACGAGACGACGACACAUAUCGCGUGGAUACCGCCGGCCGCGAUCGAGUCCACACUCCGCAGUGCCGUUCGCACUCCCGAGCAUAGGUGGUACAUUACAUUAUAGACUGCGGGCGACGAUCGGGACACUCGGCGAUCGCGUCGUCAUCGUACCGAUAUAUGGAGACGAGCCGACGUCGCGCGACGACCGUGCGCCGAGCCGGCGAUGGUGACGGUGUGAUCGCGAUCACGACCACCUGCAACCUCAUCAUCACCACGUCCGCGGCGCCGGCGGCGGUGACUGCGCAGUGCUGGUGACGGCGACCACGACGUACCCCCGUAUCGCGUACGACAGCCGCCGUAUAGGUCCGUCCGGUGCAGUCUCGCGCGGCGGUCAUAAAGGCGUUAAAUGUCAUCGGUUCCGGCGGAACGGGUUUCGGAAUUAUGUCGCCGCUGGUGGUCGUCGCGGGACAACGUUGUAGUGGUCCGGCGCUGUGUAUUGCGGUAUUUUUAAUAAUUUCAAAAAAAGUAUUUGGAUUAGAUUUGGAUACAAUCGAUGCUAAUGUUUCGUUAACAACUACUAUUGAUUAUGAUAUACCGGUUCAAGAUAUGGCAUCUGAAACUUUGAUGGCUAUUUCACCGUGUCAUCAGUUUGAAACAGAAUUUGAGUUCUACUCUCCGGGUUAUCCUCAACCUUAUCCCAAUAAUACAGAAUGUAUCAGAUUGUUAGAAGCUGGUCCUGGAGAGAUAAUUGAACUUGACUUUAGGGACUCGUUCACGAUAGAACCAAGUAUUGGGUGUAAGCACGAUCAUUUGGAAAUUCGAGAUGGCCCAUACGGAUAUUCAGUUCCAUCGUAUUACUAUUGUGGAAAUCAAUUUCCGCCCAAAAUAAUUUCAUCGGGCAAAUACUUGUGGUUAAGAUUUCGAUCGGAUGAAAAUAUUGAAUAUGAAGGAUUUCACGCCGUUUAUAAAUUCAUUAAGAAACCUCCGCCAGACAUAGAGAAAUCGGAGCUUCCACCGUGUCGUAAAUUUGUGGAUGGUUCACAGGGGUACAUAAAUAGUACUGACGUUGACGAUUUAAAGAAUAAAACGCUUGCAAACCAAGUACCGUUGGAUUGCAUGUGGAUAAUACGAGUAAAACCUGGUUGGAAGAUUCAGCUUAACUUCAAAGAGUUCUCUCUAGAAAAACCUAACGAUUGUGGAUUGAACGUAGUGGAAAUUUUUUCAAACCGCACAGACAUGGCUUCGCGGCUCAAAGUGUUUUGUGGGUCGAUAGCUGAAAUGGUACAAUCAUCGGGGGACACGUUGCACGUGCGAUUCUUGGCAGAGGGGAAGGGCGUGAAAUCGAAGUUCUCGGCACUUUACACUGCAUAUCGUACCAAAACUAAAGACGAAGCAUGCGGUAGUGAUCAGUACGAUUGUGAAGACUUAACAUGUAUUGCGUCCGAAUUACGUUGCAAUAAAGUCGAGAAUUGUCGUUUUCGAUGGGAUGAAGACGGGUGUCCUCAAGAAGACAACAGAUUAAUGCAACUUUUUUCAAGUUUUGAUAUAAUAGUUAUUCUAGUAGUAUUUUUUUUAAUAUUAUGCGGCAUGUGUUCAGCAUUCAUUACCAAUAUCGUCCGAAAACUUGUGCACGAUCAUCGAAUCAUAAAAGAACAUAUGCGCCAUUCAAGAGAAGAUCAUUUAGAUCAAAUAGGAAGAAUGAAUGUAACAGACGAACAAUCACUUGAGGAUUCUGGUCCACAUGGACAUGACUAUCCGCAAAGUGACAAUAGUAGUCAAACCACCAACCUAAUUCAAAGCAAACAUACUAAUAACAUAUCUAGUUCUGAUUGUUAUGUUCCAUCAGGUGACCUUAUUCCAGUGUUAAUGAAGCAUGACGCUCCUCGUCUUUAUCCUUCAGUUGAAGAUGAAGAAGGUGAUGGUUUGAUGAGUUCCUAUCCAAUAACAGCUGAAACUAAAGAUAUUGAGUGUCAAACUAGAGAGAGCCUUUUUGACACUUCAGUUGUACCUAAAACUGCUGGCCACUAUAGAGUAAGGCCGUCAGAAUCACCUUUCAGACCGCCAUUAGGAUUUUCUACUUUUGGAUAUCGAAAAGAUUCAGACAGUUCCACUGAUGCAAAGCCAUCAAAAUUUAGAGCUGAGGCUGUUAUUGAAAUGGAUAAGUUUUCGUCAGAACUAAAUCAAAGGCCUUAUAGUAUUGAAUCAACUAAAUCAGCUCCAGACGUCAUAGUUAUGCAUUGACUAAUAUACCAUUGUAUACAUUAUAACUAUUAUUUUAGUUAACUAAAAGUAAGCUUGUUGUUAAGAAAAGCCAAAAAUUAAACAAAAUGCUCAAAUAAUGAAUUGGACUAAAAUAAAAAUAAUUAAAAUGAUAGUCAUGGAAGAUAAUAUACAUUAAAUCUGAGUACAAUCAAUAUUUUCAAUUAAUUGAAAAUAAAUAUUUUUAAAUUGUCCUGAGACUUGAAAAAUUAUCAAUGAAAAUAUUGUUCAACUUCUAGAAACCUAUAUUGUCUUAUAUAUUGAGUGAUAAUAAUUGGAGACAAUUAUAUUGUUUUAAACUAUUUAAGAAUGUCAUGUAAAUUAUUCCUAAUUAGUAAAUAUCAAAAUGUUUUUUUUUUAUCCAAUUUAAAAUGUUUAUUAAAAUUUAGACAUUACAUAUUUACAAUCAAUGUCCAUUUUUUUUUUGUUUUUUUAGAAAAUUUAAAUGUAUAAAAUCAUUGUAUGUAUUAUUAUUGUAGAUAGUCCUUCAGUUAUUUUUUUACGGAUGUACAUAUUGCUGUGAUAGUGCUCUUAAAAAUUUUAGUUUUCUUAUGUUGGCUGCUUCUCUUUUAAUUUCUUCAUUAUUAUUUGCAUUUAACUCCAACGCACCAAUUGUUUUCAACUAUAUAUGUAAAAAUAAAAACACUCCAUUUUAAAUAGAUAUACGUAUAAAAUAAAAAUUGUACUUUCAAAAUGUAUAUAGAAUUUAUAUUACAAUAUACUAUAAUGUGUAUAUUAUA